AUGGAGGGGAAAAGAGAGGACAACCAGAACCAGGCGAGAGUAAGAGAUCCAACUCGGUAUAGAGGAACUCGGAGGAGGCCAUGGGGCAGAUAUGCAGCAGAAAUUCGGGAUCCUACGAGAAACGGGGCACGUCUAUGGUUAGGUACGUUUGACACUGCCGAACAGGCAGCAAGGGCUUAUGAUCGUGCUGCUUUUCGUUUGCGAGGGAAUCUAGCUAUCCUCAACUUCCCGAAUGAGUACCAUUACCAUAUGCAUAACUCAUCAACAAGCUCUUCCGUCACGUCAAAUUGCAGUUCUUCAUCAUCAGCUGCCAUUUCUUCUGCUGCUGCUGAUGACACUGGGAAUAAGCCUUUCUGCAAACAAGAAAGUGAAGUUAUUGUGUUCGAGUAUUUGGACAAUAUGAUCUUGGAGGAGCUUCUUGCAACUAAAGAAGAUACACGAGAAAAUUAA